AUUAACCUCCAAAUUCCAAGUUUGUUCUAAUUACUGCUGUUUUUCUCAGAUCUUGUUUUGUACAAAACAUCGAAUAUAAAAGUAUUUUUAUAAAACAUCUUUUUUUUAGAAAUCGUAGUUUUACGUUAUGUUAAGUUAAUCGGCAACAACGGCGAGUAUGUCGUUUCAACGUUGCUGCAAGUUUGUUGUUGCCGCGGCACGACCGGCGACGGUGCGAUUAAUAAUCACGCGAUUUGUUUCGACAAACAACAAUGCGCUCGGACAAUGCUUGCCGAACAAGAUCGACAGGAAUCAAGUUGAUAUUUCUGAAACGAAUAUUAUAUCGAAAUACGCGGCCGACAAUAAGAAUGAUGUGGAAGACUCUUGGCGGAACUCGAAAACUACUACAAACUCAAUAUCACUUCAGCGAGGUAUUGUUCCUAAUUUGCCCGCUGAAGAAUCUCUCGACGAUAGUGACAUAACGUUACCGAAACCUCUGGACACGUGCGCGGAAGAUCUAUCAGAUAUCGGUCCGUAUCUCACUCCGACUUGCACGUUUGCCAAGUACGCGAACAAAUCUCGAACGAUUCGGGAACUGGUGAAACUCGGGGUUCACUUGUACAAACUCGAGUCGGAUGUAAACAUGGUACAAUUUAUUCUCGGUCUUGAUUUCGAUCGGGAUGUAAAACCUUACAUAAGAUUUCUGUACGAGUGCGGCGUGCCAGCUGAUUCUUUAGGCGAGUUUUUUACAAAGAAUCCCAACAUCCUCAAAGAAGACAUGGACGAUCUUCACACAAGAAUAAGAUAUCUGAGAGCGCAUGAUUUUACGGUGGAAAUGAUACAGAAGAUAGUCUGUGGAAAUCCCAAAUGGUUGUCAUUUUCUACACAGUUCAUUGAUGGCAGACUUGGCUAUUUUCAAAGUAAUUUUGGACUCAACGGUUCGGAAGUAAGACACUUAGCAGUGAUAUCACCUAAAGUAGUAACUUACUACAUGUUACACAUAAUGUCAAAUACAUUCUCCAUCAGAGAAGAGAUGGGUUUUGACAAGUACCAAGUAAAAUUGUUGCUUCUUAAAAAGCCUAGACUAUGGGUAAAAAAUCGUAAAAACCUGAUGAGAGUGUUUGAUUAUGCUCACGAUGAAAUGCAGUUGUCACGUGAUAUUAUUGUACAGAUGCCGCAAAUUUUACUAUGUAGAUUCAGCAGGCUCCAACAGAGGCACAUGUUUUUGGUGGAACUAAAGAGAGCGCAAUAUGAUCCUACAAAACCAAUGUAUGUUUCACCACGAGCCUUGGUUAGUGGCACAGACCUAGAGUUUUGCAGCGAUAUUGCAAAGACAUCUAUCGACAUAUACAACACAUUUCUAAAAACAUUUUAAUUGUAGUUAAUUUAAAUAAAAUGUCAAAAAACUU